GCCGCUCAUCGAUUGCAUUCCGCAGUUGGACGACGGCAGCACACUCUGCUUCUCACUGACGCCGCCGGCCACGCCUCUCCCCCUCCGAGCGCCGCUCUGCUCGCCGCCGCCGUCGCCGCCUACGAGCUGCGGCUCCUGCCCCCACUGCGCGCUGCAGAGCUCGCGCGGACGGGUUCGGCGUGAUGGGGGACGACGGGGCGGAAGGGGAGGCGCCGCGCUGCGUCGGCUGCGGCCGGCGCGUGAGGACGCUCUUCGUGCAGUACUCCGCAGGCAACAUCCGUUUGAUGAAAUGCGAUGUCUGCAAGGCUGUCGCCGAUCCCUACAUCGAGUGUGAAUUCAUGAUUAUCUUGAUCGAUCUGAUUCUACACAAGACCAGGGCAUACCGACAUCUACUGUUCAAUAAGCUGCACAUUGGUUCAUCUAUUGACAAGGGAAUACUGUGCCAGUUCAUUCUGAUGCAUAUCGUUCUUGACGCUUUCAGAAUAUCAGUUUCAAAAAGCAACAAAGUUGAUGGGGAUUCUUCCAGGAGCACAUUGUCCACAAUUUGCAAUUGCAGCGAGGUUCUGGGUGAUGCAUUGUUAGGGAACAUCAUAUUUACGGCCAUGUUACUCCUGGGAGUACGAUAUAUCCUCAAAUUUUCUUUUGACAUUACAAGGUAUCGAGAGAUUCUGUUAGCCGUCAUCAUUUCAAGCUAUUUCAAGUUAUUUCUUCUGACAAUGAUGGUUUGGGAGUUCCCAUCAUCUGCUAUAUUCAUUGUCGAAACAUUUGUUCUCUCAUCAAAUGUUGUAGCCCUGAGAGUGGUGACGCGGUUCCCAAAGGCCCACUGUGUUGGUGUCUGCUUCAUGGCGCACGCGGCAAAGCACUUGACGGAACGGUGGCUCAUGUGGACACCAUGAACAUGAAUUCAUCAAGACUUGCCACCGCCUUACUCCAAGUGUUCGUGCAGCAUCGAUCUGGACCACGCCGGAACUGGAGAGCGGGGAGCUGUCCUGCUGGCCUCUGUACCGUGGCGCUGCAGGUUGAGCGGCGUCUCCGGUCAGCGUAUGCCUGAGCUAGUGAAGAGGCAGGCGGUCUGGGGAGAUGGGCUGUCCGUUUCGCCUACUUAUGGCCCAAGUAGGAGUAGGUACUUGCCCUGUUCGUUCACGCCCGGAAGUGCGUCAGCUGACAGGGCCUCUCUACCUUGUGACCACACGUGCAAAACGCACAGUCCAGUGUCUGUAUGUUUGUAUGUCUCGUUCUUUUUCAGUUUGGUUUUAUUUACAUCCGUUGUAGAAAAAAAAAAGAGCUUCCGGGUCGACGCACUUCCGUAGGAUUACUCUGCUUUUUCCAGGGACAAAAUUUGGUUUCCGGGUUUCCACGGUUACUUUCUUCA